CUGUCGGUGGCCGGCAGCGGUGGCGGCCAGUGGCCGAGGGACAUCGCGGUGAGCCCCAGGGCCACCUCCCGCCAUGAGACGGGCAGUGGGGCUCGGCCCAGAGGCUGGGAAGCGGAGCAGCCCCCAGGUGCAUCCGAGGGACCCCUGUCACCCCAAAACCUCCGGGAGCCGCUGGCCGAGCCCCCCCGCCCCAUCAGAGAGCCGGGGCUGCCGGGCUCCGCCAGCCCGAGCCAGGCACGUCGUCUUCGAGGACGAGGUGGUGCCAUCGGGGAGACCCCCGAGGAGGGUCCCCCCCACCGAGGAAGGGAAGAAACCGGGGGCCAGGACUGUCCCCCCCGGGCUGGCACCGUGGCCACAUGCUGUCCCGGACUACGUGGUAAAGUACCCGGCCAUCCGGAGCCCCCGGCAGCGGGAGGGCUACAAGGGCGUCUUCCAGGACCAGCUGGCGGAAUACACGGAGCUGCUCAGGGAGGUCCGCACGGCACGGCGGGGGCUCCGGGAGCCGGAGGCGGCGAUGGGCCGGCAACCCCGGCACGCCGCGGGCAGGACGGAUUCGGCCUUCCUGGAGAAGCAGCAGCGCUGCCAAUACCUGAAGCAGAAGCUGACGCACAUCAAGGCGCGGAUCCAGGAGUACGACCGCGACGCCCGCGACAGCGCCGUCUACUUCUGAGGCUGCGCAGCGGCCGGCCCCGACGCCGGGGGGACGGUGACCCCCGGGGGGGACCCCAGGGGCUGGGUGCUGGGGACUGGGGAAGGGGGGUGGCGAUGCUGCGGGGAAGCGCCCGGUGCCCACCCAGCCGUCGCACGGAGAGUAAACCCGCAGGCUCCUCGUGCUGCUGGCGUCGGGGUUCCCUGGGUGCUCCGUGCCCCGGGGGGGCCUCCUGGCCUCGGGGUCCCCCGGGAGCCGCCCUGGGAUCCCCGCGUGGGAGCCAGGCCCUGCGUGUGCCCCCACUUCACCCCGUGCCAACUUGGGACCAGCCCCUCGCCGGGGCGGCGGGUGCAGCUGCAGAAGUUGCCAGAACUGGUUUUAAUAAAACACGGUGAUGGUUUUUAUUUUUUUU